AUGUUAUCUCAGCAGUUAGUGGCAUGGCCCUGUCCCCCAAAUGGUUACGUUUGUCUGAAUGUUGAUGGAAGUUUGUUGGGUUCGCCUCAAUCCGCAGGUUUUGGUGGCCUUAUCCGUAAUAGUUUUGGAUCCUUUCUUGGAGGGUUCUAUGGUGUGGCAGCUCAGGCUAGUAUUCUAUAUGCUGAGAUCAUGGCCAUGCUUCAUGGUUUAGAGUUAUGUUGGGAGAAAGGAUUCAAACAUGUCAUUUGCCUUUCAGAUUCCCUUCAAACAGUUACUCUUGUCAAAAAUGGCACCUCACCACAUCAUAAAUUUGCGAAUGAAGUCUUUAGCAUCCGCCAGCUUCUAGAUAGAGACUGGAAUGUUGUUAUUAAUCACACGCUCCGAGAAGGGAACGCGUGCGCUGAUAUGCUGGCUAAAAUGGGAGCUAACACUAUCUCUCCCCUUGUGAAGCUUGUUGAACCUCCUUCCGAGUUGUCUCCCCAUCUCUCUGCUGAUGCAUGGGGUGUGGCUUUUAUUAGAAAAUAG